CAAAUAUGGUGAGAACAAAGGAAAAUAAACCAAUCAAAAUCCAUUUCAAAAACGUAAACACAGCUGCCUUGUGAACCAGUGAAUGCGUUGUGACUGGUGUUUGGGUUGAACAGCUGAGCAGAAGGUGACGCAGGUACAUUAUUCAGAUCCUGUACGUUUAUUUGGAUUACAUUUUCGACAGUUCACCUUAAUUGUAACAGAACUUAGCUUAAGAAAGAAUCGAGACAAUGUUCAGCAGUGUAACAAGUUAUUUCUUUGGUGGAUCAACUGAUUCAGAGCAGAACGAUGUUGAUCUCCAGACAAAGCCAGCACCAGAGAAAGAUCAAGACUGGAUUCUUGUCGAUUUACCAGAGAAAUCACCUGUGCCUUCUAUAAUACACACACCAGUAUGUAGUGAUAGUGAAUCGGACAACCAACGAAGCUCAAACAAUGGUUCUCCGUGUUCUCAGGGUUCACCUGUAUCACGAUACUGUUUACAUUCUAAAAAAGGUUGUUAUAAUGAAAAUUGGAUAAUCACACCUCCACCAUGUUUUCUAGCAGGGGGAAGUAACUCAUCAAAUGUAGAGAUGACACCAAUGGAAAAUUUAUUAAUAGAACAUCCAAGUAUGUCAGUCUACAACAGCCGAUGUUCAGGCAGCACAGGUGAUGCAAGUGACUUAUCUGAAUCAUCCAACGAUGAUCAGUCGCCAUCAGCAACAAGAAAAAUCCUUCCAAGAAAAGUCAAGACUGCAAUGGCACGACAAGAUCCAAGGAAACCGAAUGCAGUGGCAGCUAGAGCUGGAUUGGUAUCACAGAUCCAAAUGGUUAAAAGUUCUCAAAGAUCUCUGAAACAAUCCGACAGCAAAAAACUUUCACGUCAUAAUCUUCAACGACUCAAUAAAUCCUUAAACCACCAGAUCGGAGGUGGUAAACCCUACAACAAAUCAGGACGCAUUCAUUGUCCAGCUGGACGUAGCAACGCUCAGAUGAAGCACUGAUUGAACUCUUCCAAAAUGUUAGCAAUAAAUGUUAAAUUUUAGUUUUUAAGGUGUAAGAAAGUAGAUAUUUUAUUCCAAUUUGUGUAAGUUAUUUUAUUAUUGUUGACAUACACUUUGAUCCUGUUAGAUUAUGUUGUUAUUUGUAUCAGUUUUUACAGUGUUAUAAAAUAACCUCAGUUUAAAUGCAUAAAUUUUAAACUUUUGUGUAGUCUGCAGUAUAGUCAUGACUUAGAAUGCUUUUUGAUCUGUAUUAAAUCUUGCAACUUUAUGAUUUAUUUUUAUUUUCAUUGCUUAAUUAAGUAAUCAUUAAAUGUUCAAGUGGAAACGCUUACUUAAUACAUUGUACAUGUAACGUUUGUUAUCGGUAAAUCAUUUUUUUCUGUGUGUCUGAUCAGUGACGAUGUAACAUCCAUGUAAUAAGAAUUUUACUGAAAGGUAUAUUUGUUGUACAUGUAUAUUGUACAGAUGUAAAUAAUGAAAAGAAAUAUCUGCAUUUGUCAUUUUUUUUUUAAGUAUGUUAUAAGACAAUGUACAUGCAUGUAAAAGAACAUAUUAAUAAGAACUUAUGUAUUGAUUUAAAUAAUGCUAAGAAAAGAUGAUAGGAAAUUUGCUUAUGAAAAUCAUAUUCAGUAUGACAAAUAUAAGCUGUAUAUAUUUAUUUUAAACUACGCGUGUUACAAAUAAUUUUAAACUAAUUGAAUUUGAUGCUAAAUGUGUGCAAUAAAUAGAUUUUAUUACAAUUAAAUUCUAAUAUAUUUAUAUCUUUUAAGGUAGAGUAGAAUUUGAAAAUACUAUGUAUGUUAUCAGGAAGUUUUUAAUCUCAGAAUGUUUUUUUGUACAGAAAUCAUUGUAAUUUUUGUGGUGAAAACCUGACAACAACUAAAUUGUUUUAUGUAAAUUAGAUUGAGGAUUCAAACUCAUAAAAAUGUAUAUCACCCACCAGCUAACCUUUAUUCAAAUUGUUGAGUUAAGAAAAUGUUUAUACCAGCUCUAUUAAAACUAGAUUUGUGUUAAAUUUCAAACCACCGUAUGAACUAGUAAUGUUUUAGAAAUAGAAGCUGACACGUUUUGAAUUUCAAACCAUCGCCAAAUCAUUUAUUUUGCUUACUUUUUAAUUUUAAAAAAUCAUGUACAAUUCUCCACAUGUUUUUUAACCAUAUGAUGCCAGUAAUUUUAAUGACUUAAAUGCCAUCCCAUUGUGAAUAAAAUAUCAUAAUUUUACCAUCACACAUGUAAAUAUAAAUCAUCUAUGCAGCUUUACAUCGUCAGAUUAUGAUCGAAUCUGUGAUAUAUGAUAUAAAAUUCAUUCAAAAUAUUCUCCACAAUGGGUAUAAGAAUAUAUGCGGGUCUAAAAUGUAAAUAAUUAGCUAAAUUCUUGUAAAUAUUGAACUUCAAUGUCUCUACUAACAGCAGAAGAUAAGAGACUCAGAGAGUUGAGAAAUACAUCUUUUUAAUACUGCGUUAAAGAUUGGAUAAAAGUAUAAGAGAAACAUUAAUUGCACUUGUUAUACUAAGGUGUUGACCAUUUAUAGAGCUUUAGUAGAUAUUUUUUUUAUAUUUUUAAAGUCAGAUAUGUUCCAGAAAAUAUCCUGAUUUAAUAUAUUGUAACUGGUAUGUUUGACAGUUGGAACACAAUUUUCUAAGAUCUUCUGGUGGAAUCAAAUGGCAAUUCUCAAAUAAGUUUUGUGGUCUGUGAAAUUGACUAAGGGUUUUACAGUCCGAAACUUUUUCCUUCUUUUUGCUGUUGUAGAAUGCAUUUUUUUUUUUUUUUUUAUCAAAAUGCAUUUCAAAAUUUCUAAAAGUUAAGGAAUAUGAGAUACUCUUAUGUCUUGAAUGGGCAAAAAAGUCUCAAAGACUAAGGUAGCAAUAUAUGUAACAUGUGUUAUGUUAAAAUAUCCAAUCUGUCUUAUUUUUAUCCAAUCUUUAGUCAGACUAUAGCUUCAACAACACGGUAAAAGAUCUCAGUCUUUUUUGUUUGGUGCAUACUUUUAGUGAGGUCCAGAGUUGCGAGAAAUAGUUAUGUGGCCAAGAAAUGUCUGAAAGAAUUUGUUAAAAUGUGAAAAUGUAACAAUGAGUGAAUAAUCUUAACAUUAAAAAUCUAAGUAAGCCAGCAGUCAAUUUGAAACGUCCAAAUUAUGUAAAUGCAGAUUUUUUUUUUACAUUUUAAAAAUAUGAUAUAUUCUAUAAUUGCAUGUUCCAUUUUUUAACACAAAAAAAAUGAAUAAAAGAUAUUAACAAAAAUAAAAAAUAAAUUAAAAUCAGAAACAAUUGUGACAAAAAUGGAAAAAGGUAAAAUAGUAUAAAAAAAAUGAGAAAAAAUGUAAUAAAAAUGUAAUAAAAAAUCCAAAAUAUUUGUCAUAGAAUUUAAACAUACAUGUUUUUUGUAUACAUACACACACUACUGUCUCCAAUCCUCAAAGAAAGUUAUUGUAUUGGAUACCAGUACAAAGUUAGCUAACUGUUUUUUUUAUAACCUUUACAAGCUUAGUUACUAUUGAGUAAAUACAAUUCCUGGCUUUGUCAUAGGUAAUAAAAUCACAAAUUUAUUUUAUUUAUAUGUACUAAAUUUUGUAAAAUCAUGGCCAAAACUUGAAUGAAUUACUUCAACAUUAAUUGAAUAAAUUUUUAAGGUGGUCCAUUGUCCAGUCACCACUGUCUAACAGGAUUUAUCCUAAACACCUGAUUUCAAGAAACCUUUUUGGCUUUUUCCUCAGAGGUACCAAAAUUAAUGUAGUCUUUUGUAGCAAAGUUACAGAAUAAUUUUGGAUAAUACAAAUAAUUAUGGUUAUCAAAGUUGAAAUUGAAACAAUAUGUGGUCGUUAUUUUUUUUCUUCAUUGAAAAAUGUAGUUCUGUUAUUUUGUCAAAAUCAUAAAGUAAUGUCAAUCUUGUCAAGUUUAAAAGUCUUAAACUGAAUUUUGAUCAUCAGUAGAUUUUAGACAUUUUUAUUAGGGCUAAAUCUGUUCCUUUUGAUAAAGUGAUGUUAAUUUGUGUAUGAUGUUGUGAGAGAGAUAUUAGGAAAUUACUAAAUGUGUAUUUUAUUGUUAACACAACAAUAAACUUGUUGCAGUUUA